UUAUAAGCAAUGGCUACUCGUUCAUUAGUUCCAACUUUUAUAACUAAAACAUUUGAGAUGCUUGAAGUUAAAUUUCCAUAUAUACUUAGGAUCAAUCUAUAUCUCAUAUCGUUUCUUGGACAGAAGAAGGAUUAAGCUUUGUUGUAAAAAGCUAAAAAUUAUUAUAAUAAUAAGUGUUACCACAAUAUUUCAAACACCGAAAUUAUUCAAGUUUUCUUAGGUAAAUAUGAGGAAUGAAUAGACAGACAAUUGAAUUUAUAUAAUUUUAAAAAGAGUAAACAUUAGGACGGCUAAGAGUUUAAACACAAAUGCUUUCGAAAAGGAGUUAAGUAUUCAACUUAAAAAUACAUUUAAUAGAUAGAUGUUGCAAUUUAUAAAGCGAAGAAAUAAUGAUGAUGGAAAUUAAGAAUCUGUAAAUCCUAAUCAACCAUGUAUUUUAUACAAUCAUCUGCUUAGCUGCUAAACUGAAGGAAGAGUAAAACAUCUUGAGGGUCUGCGCAUCUGACAUUAAAGAUACUAAUACAAGAUUAGAUGAGGACAUGCAAAUAUUAAAAUAAAAGAGUGGUGUGCUUUUGGAAGAAAUGUGGAAUCUCAAAAAGGUUGAAACUCAUUCUAUCGUAGUUAUUGCAUAGCCAAUUCGAUUAAGUUAAUCAUAAAUUGGAGAGGAUAGACAUCAUCAUAGGAGCAAUGUCUUAACAUAAAAAGUUUAAAAGUAAUUCCUACAAAUAACAUAAGAUAUCUCCCAAUACUUCACCACUAAAUUCUUACAGAAUGAACUACAUACUCUAGAAACUAACCUAAAUUAACCAUUGUUUGAAUCGCCAAAAUAAGAAAUAGAUGAUUAGGAAUAAAUUAAGGCCUUAUUUGAAGAAUUGUAAAAUCUUAGCAAACCAAUCCAUUUUGAUUGA